AUGGGUACAACUGCACCCACAAACCCGGCGGUGGACAAGGUGGACGUUAGCCAAGAAUGUCCACCCGACCCAGCCGAAAAGGUGGACAACCGAACCCCGGCACUAUUCUGCAUCCCGCUCCCGAACAGCGGCAUCGCGGACGAUCAUGGUGUUGUUGAUCGAGAAGGAUCAGGUAUCGACACCUCCAAAUCGAAAAGUUUGUUGUCAAACACGACCUUGACUCUGGACGACUCGCCUCAUAGUCCUCUACACGCCACCCAAGUUGACUACUCCUCGUUUACACGCCCUUGGCUUGAACCAAGCGGGCCAGAUCCGCAGGACUGGUUCACAUUCGACUUUUACCAGGCCAUUGGGGAAACCUCUGGGGAUGUCCUGCUCGAUGAGAAUUUUGACAUUCGUUCCCUAGAUAUGGAUCUACAUGGGGUCCUGCUCAAUGUGGAGAGCCAACCGCCGAACCCCGAUAUCUCGGAGGACUGCGAGGGCAGGAUCUCCCGGUUGCCUUCGCCCCCAAACAUCGCCUCCGCCGAGGAUUACUGGGCUUUUGCCUGGAACCCCUCUUCGUCCGCCAUCUCGCAGACCAGGCCUCUCUCGAUUGAUGCCAACCACCCAAUCAUCAGCGGUCGUAAUACUAGAUUCGACAUGGGGCAUGCGGCCUGGGAGCGACUGCGCCGGUUCCUCAGUUCUUCGGCAGAUGAAAACGACGGCUUCUCCCUACCACCGCUCGACGUAACCAACGCGUUUGUCAGUCUCUUCUUCAAGCACUUUCUGGCGCAAGCCCCGUGA